ACUAGCUGCUCCAGACAUCAUCUUAGAAAAUCUAAGCCUGGUUGUACAGGGAUUUCCUGGAAGCCCUCUGGGUCCUCCAGGGCUGAGAGUCCAUCUAGACAAGCUGGCCACCAUGACAACAGAGUCCUGGAGCCCCAGUCCUGAUGAGGGAGAUGAAAACUACGAGUGGUCAGGGGACUAUGGGGAGCCAGCACUCUGCCCCACUCCUGCUCUCCCCUUCGGCCACGUCUUCAUACCCCUCCUCUACUUGGCUGCCUUUGGGGCUGGGCUGAUUGGCAACUCCUUUGUAGUUUGGCUGCUGGCUGGGCAGCAGGGCCCCCGGAGGCUGGUGGAUACCUUUGUGCUCCACCUAGCUGUGGCUGACCUAAUGUUUGUGGUCACCCUACCAUUCUGGGCCACAGCUGUGGGACUGCAUGGCCAGUGGAUCUUUGGGGAGGAGCUGUGCAAGGUCAGCAGUUUCAUUAUUGCAGUGACUCGAUGUGCCAGUACCUUGCUUUUGGCUGGCAUGAGUGUGGAUCGAUACUUAGCCGUGGUGAAACUUCUGGACGCUAGGCCUCUUCGGAACCGGGGCUGCAUGCUGACGACCUGUGCAGUGAUCUGGAUCAUCUCCAUCCUGGCUGGUGUUCCCUCCUUGGUCUACAGAAAACUGCUGCCCAUGCCCGUGGGUCCAGGCAGCCUGUGUGGGGACGACCCUGCUGACAUCUUCCAGGGGCUCAGUCUCCUCGUCCUCUCCCUCACCUUUGUCCUCCCACUGGGGAUCAUAUUUUUCUGCUACUCCCUCAUCUCUCAACGUCUCUGGAAUCCUCUCCAGCUGGGCCGGGGCCGGAAGAACUCCCUCAGGAUCAUCUUCGCCAUCGUGGGCACCUUCACCUGCUCCUGGCUGCCCUAUAGCAUCCUGAAGACCUUUUUCCACAUUGCCCACCUGAGGGCUCUGCCUUUAGACUGCCCAUUGCUUCUGGCACUGCGCUGGGGCCUCACCCUCUCUACCUGCCUCGCCUUUGUCAACAGUAGCGCCAACCCCAUCAUCUACCUACUUCUGGAUCGAUCCUUCCGGGCUCGGGCUCGUGGAUCAUGCAGGAGGACCCGCCCUCCUCUGGCCAGCAGAGUGAGCUCCGCCUCAUCUCUCUCAGGCGGGGACAAUUCUAUAUUCCAAGGCUGGGCCUUGGGACGGGGACGCAACACCCGCCUGGCCCCUAGACUUUCCUUACUGCAGAAUCCAUAAGGGAAAGGGGAGGGGCUGUAGGAAGCAGGAGCAUCGAGGAACAGAAAGGAGCAGGUAACAGGUGGGCGAGCAGGAUGGCUAUUCCUCUAUUCCAGAUGUCUUUUCUCAAAGCAAACAGCGGCAGCUUCUCUGCAUGGAUUCCUGCCCUUCAGCUGGUACUUCUCCAGGGCUCCGAAACCAAUCAAGGGGCACCCUUUGCCAGCCCAGGUAGCUGGGCCGCAUGCUCCUCUCAGUCCCUGAUUGGACCCAGGGGCCAUUCUCUUCACUGUCCCUUCUGCUGAAGAGGAGGUUUGUCACUGGUACUGAAAAAAAACUGACCCAGAGAAUCCUACACCCAGAAGUCCUGUAGCAUUACCCUAGCCGUGGUAACGAAUUUCAUUCUCUAUACUUUCAUUUCUGACUUCUCUCUCUAACAAAACGGCAGACCGAGUCAGAAGAUGAUAAUAACCACUAACAAUAACAGACUGCAUUCAUAACAUGUUUUAAGGUAUGCAAAAAGUGCCUUAUACUGACUUGUGCUUUAUGUAUGUUAUCUCAUUUGAUUAGAAUAUCCCAGAAUAUCCAAGCCAGACUCCCACCUCUGGUUUGGCCCUGAGUCUUAGAGAUCAGUGUGACUCCAAUUCACCUUCUCCUCCCAUCCCCAAUCCCACAGGACUGAUACUGUUGGCUGGAGACUGCAAUCUCUGCCCUGCCCUAUGCUCUAUUCCCCUCUUCCUGCCUAGCUCCUCACUCAUCACUCACCCUCCCUUCCAUGGCAAUCUUUGCAUUUUUGUGGUGCUGUGAGGUGCUCUGAGGUCAGGCAUAGCUGCAGUGGAUCAAACCGAGGCAAUUAGUCAGGCACCCAUCACCUUCUUGUUUUCAAAGCUCUGCACAACCACAGUCAUCUUCCUUUCUCUGGGCUACCCCUAGUCCUUGGCUAGUUUCUUGAGAAGUCUUAGCUUCCAAAGAAGCUGGGCCCUUGAAUUUGUUGUCUGAGCAACAACCCAGUAUGUUGAAAGACUUUCCCCAGAAGCUGUUCUGGGGAAGAGCCCCUAAGAUGAGGGGAGUAACGGACACAGAAGCUACAAGAGCAAAGAAAGUUUAAUAGGCAAGGAAACUGAGGCAUGGAGUGGGGGAGCAAUGAAAGUGACUUGCCCAGAGUCAAAACUUCGUAGUCAAAUCAUAUUCGAUUCUAUGCAAGAUUUAUUUACCCACUCUGUCUUUUCUCCUUCCCUUAGUACCCAAAGCCCUAAAAUAUUCAGACUUGAUUUGGGGUAGUGGGGUAGGGAGAGUCCUGCUGAGAAGGUAAAUUCUGGGCUGAGCAACCGAGCUCCUGAGCUCUCCUGUUCUCAUUUCCUUAGCAAGGGAGCAAAAAUAUCCAUGAAGUUCUCUGGCCAGCAAAGAACUGCACCAUCCUUGAUAAUAAAUACGUUUUUACAAA